GAGGCUAUCAUUCCUGUUAAAACCCCCACAACAAACCCCUCAAUCAUCCGGGAGCCUCAGACGCAUCCAGCAUGUCGGAUCAGGAGAAGUUGCUCGAGGUUUUAAAAAAGGAGCUGCGGUCUCUGCUGAUUUCUGCCAAAACUGGUCUGACUCCUGAGGAACUAGAAAGAGAUUACCAGAGCAUGAUGGGGAAGCGGCUGCCUCUGUGUGCAAUAGGUUACAGGUCUGUUUUGGAGCUUGCCUCCAACAUACCAGAUACCAUCAAAAUUCACACACAAGAAGAUGGCAACAUCCUUCUAAAAGGGGUUGGAAAUGAAACCACAAAAGGAAUUGAAGAACUAGUGGCAAAAGCAAAAGUUUCCAUCAAGACCAAACGUAACUUGAGAAAAUCUAGGUAUGAACUCGUGCAGAAGCAGGUUUUUCUGCCCAGACGGUAUAACACCAAGCCAAUUCUGCCAGCAUUAGUGAAGUGUGAACUCAGAGAGCUGGUGGCAUCCUGUCCUGGUGGUGUCCUGCUGUCCGAUUUUGACAGGUCAUUUAUGAAAAGGUAUGGGCAGCCUUUUCAGUACACAAGGUAUGGCUUUUACUCCUUGCAGGAAGUUCUCAAAGCAGCUGCAGAUGACAUUGAGAUCCAGCAGACACGCCGGGGUUCCUUGCUGUUGGCAAGAAACAAAAAUAGAGCAAGUCCACUGAAGCAAGGUAAAUGGCCAAGCCAGUCUGUUCAGAGCAAUCCAACCCAAAUACAUGUGAAAACGAUGCUACCAAGCCUGACUAAACCACCCACAGACAAUGGGAUUGCAUCAGCUUUGAAGACAGAGGAUUUACCACGUCCAGCUCCAGCUCCUGAGUACUUCGAUGGAGGUUUGAAAAAGCUUGUAGAAGACCUGAGGACCGUACUUGUAGAUAAAGGAGUUGAAGGCAUCAUUGAUCCACGAGUGAAGGAAAAAAUUCGAUUUACAGUAGCACAACGACCUGAUGGGUUAUUGGCAUCCAAACUCCCUACAGAAUUCAAGAAUAUUUUUGGAAUGGAACUUCCCUUGAAAGAAUUGGGCUUCUAUAGUGUGACUGAACUUGUUGGUGCAUUAAGUGAUACCCUCCAUGUGGAGCGUGACUCUGUCCAUCAGGAUUGGCUAGUCUUUGACAUCCGACACCACAAGUUGCUUCAAAAGGAACCUGAACCACAACUCAACAAAAUUAAUGAGUUGCUGUCUGCAAACCAGGAACGAGCAAUUCUUGCAGACAACCAGGACUCUGAAAAGAAUUUCGAUCUUAAAACAAUUAAUGAGGAAACGGUUGCGAAGAGAUCAUACCCACCAGAAGUUGAGAUUCCACCAGAUGCCAUACAGGAUGGUAAUCUCUACAAGCUACCACAGCUCGAGGAAAAUUCCUUUGUCUGUGUGUUUGUAGAAAGCGUGACUUCACCCAGCCAGUUUUAUAUUCGUUUGUAUGGGGAUUUCACCUCAAUGAUGCUUGAAGAUCUGAUGAUUGAGAUGAGACGUUGCUAUUCCUAUGAGGAGGUCUCUGAACGCUACAUGAUGCCAGAUUCAUUUAUCCAACCAAGACAAGUGUGUUGUGUGCGGAACCCUGACGAUGUGUGGUGGUAUCGUGUCAUUAUCCAUAGGGUGCUGGAUGAAAAACUAGUGGAGGUGUACUAUGUUGACUUCGGAGAUGUUUCACCUGUGGAAAGAUCUCUACUAAGAUUUCUCAAAUGUUGUCAUUCAAAGCUUCCCGCCCAAGGGAUUCCCUCAACACUUAUGUGGCUACAACCAACUGAGGAUGAUUGGAGCAUUGCUGCCAAGAAUCAAUUCCUGAGAUUCUGUGGAAAACAACCACUGGUGGCCCUGACAUGUGGAUAUGUUGAGGAUGUGCUGCAUUUGUUCCUUUGUGAUACCUCUACAGAUGAAGAUAUUUACAUUAAUGAUGUCCUUAAGAAAGCAGGUCAUGCCAUGCCAUGUCUCUCAAACAGUGCCUCUAAGGGAUUUGGGGACUUCAAUCCAGCUGCCCUGUAUUUGAAAUCAAAGCCAAUUUCAAUGAAAGAGAUAUCGUCAAAAAUUAAGGCGUGCCCACCAGCCCCACUUGAUAGGAAACUCAAUUCCAUGAUAGCAGAGGAGAGUGACAAAAAAUCAGACCUCCCAAUAUAUGGAGAGAACAAUGAAGAGAUUGACAGGGCGGUUAAGAAGGUGUUUAGCAUUGCUCAGACCUUUGUGUGA